UUUGGCGAAAGGACUUCAUGACCUAGAUCUGCUGAUUCUCAUAAGGGUCAUGCGUCUUGAACCUUUUUAGGGUUUUGAGCUUUGCCUCCUCCUGUUCCUGCGGGCGGAGUGAAGGCACACCUGUACAACACGGAGAGUUGCAAGCAGUAUCAGCUGGUCCCUGAUUUGCGGAGGAUGUUGGAAGUGAAGGGUAGAGCAACAAUGUGAGGGCGAGAGAGGGAGGGCAGAAUGCAGCCGACGGGCGUGGCCCUGGUCGGGCGGACCGUCGAGCAGCGCUCAAAGGAAGGCUCCACGCUCCAGGCUGGCCGUGUCGUUUCAUUCAACCGGGCCAGGGGCAAGUACAAGGUGCGCUGGGAAGACAAGACAGAGGACAACUUUGCAGAGGAUGAGCUUGCUUCAAUCCUUGUAAACUGGCAGGAGGAUCCAUAUAAGCCGGCUGAUGGCGGUCCUAGAAGGAGGGGCAGACCUCGAAAGGCUGACGUUGUGUCACCGGAGGAGCCCCCGGAGCAACUAGUGGGGGGGCAAAUUGAAGAAGCAGACGGCAAACCUGAGGGUUUAGGGCCGACAUUGCUGAAGAGGGGGAGGCCAAAGGGGACUGGCAAGCUCCAGCGUCGGGCGGGGCCGUCAAAAACCCCCUCCACGGCACUAGAGCAGAGCGCCGGCGGCGGCGGUUCAGCGACUGGUCGAGUCGUGGUUGCAAGUUCAGAGGUGGGGCCAGACAAAAAAGGUGAAAGUGCAAGAAAGGACGGGGUCGAGGAGUCUGGCAAAAUGACGUCAGUGUCUCCUGAUCCUCACUUGAGAAGGUUGAGAGAAAGACCGGCGCGUGGCGCAUUGGGGGUUGUUAGCCCCCCCCGAAAGGUCGCGAUCUUGAGUCAGGGGCGAAGGGUGAUCGAAGUUGAUUCUGGCGGGGGGGAGGAAGAGUCGCCGGUGGGGAAGGGGAGGCGGCGUGUGCAGACAAACUACAAGUCGGACAACGAAGACGAGGCAGCACCCCAGACCACUCCAGCCAAACGGUUCCCCACCCCAGCAAAGCACAAAGGCGGCCUCCUCGCCCUCCCGGCUUUCUCCUCACCCCCAUCAAAAGCCACCGCCGCAAAGUCCUCCCCUGCUGACGUCACUCCACAAGUCACCAUCCCUGCUGACCUUACCCCUGGCGCCACUACUCCCGCUGAUGUCACCGUUGACACCAUAACCCCUGCUGACAUCGCUGCUGACGUCACUACUCCCGGCGCGGCCUCCCGCUUUCUCGCCAGCCGCGCCCGGUCCAAGCUGGCCCGCAGGGACGCCCGGCCCCUCCCGAAACCUCUCGCCCCUAGUUUCCCUGUUUCGGGGCCCGCCGCCCUGGACCUCCUCAGCACGUACGCCUUCCUCCGGAGCUUCAGCCAGGCGUUGUACCUGAGCCCGUUCACACUGGACGACUUCCUGGCGGCGCUGGGGUGUGAACGGGCGAAUUCGCUACUGGACGCGGUGCACCUGGUUCUGAUGGGGGCGCUGCGGCCGCGCGUCGAGGAGUUACUGGCGAAGCAGGGGCCCUGGGAAGUCAUGUUUCUGGGACGGGUCGACUGGGAGCAUCUGGACGAGAUCACGUGGCCCGAGUUCGUCCUCGCCUACCUCGCCGCGGCGGGUUUCUUUUCGUCCGCCCUCCACAAGAAAAGCUUUUCUCAAACCCUCUCCCGCCGCGAGUACUACGCGCUGCCUCCUGAAGCGAAACUCGAGGCGCUCUCCUUCCUCUGCGACGAGGCCCUGAACUCGGCGCGCAUCCGCAAGGCCAUCGCCGAGCGGGAGGGUCGCCAGAACGACGUCACCUUCAGGGUGACGUCAGCGACGCCAACAAGUUCAGGGGCGAAAGCGACCUCCCCCACGAUAGAGAAUGGUGUCACGGACAGCGGUAAGAAGGUGGCGGAGCCACGUGGCGCGAAAGGGUCAGGCGAGGACCCGGGAAUGAAAACCCUUAAGGCGUCACCCGCAACCAGCUUGCGGCCUGCUAGAACGACCGGGCCCUUGACGAGGUUCGCGGGAAAAACCGGGGCGGGGGACGGAACGGCGGCACUGGGGGCCAGCCCGAACCAAGGUGAAGCGGCAGUGGUAACGUCUGGAGGGGCUGCUACUGUACUAGCUGCCAAGCCGAGCGUCGAGUCUGCGGGACUCGAAGGUGGCUCUGAGGGGCCGGAGGAGGCGAGACGCGCCGGGGGCGUUGCGGACCCAGUUGCAGCGGAGAAGUCCAAAAGCGGGGAACAAAAUGAAACGGCCAGAGACGUGGGAAACGGGGUAGCAGCGAACGGCGUUGAAAAGCUGAGGGACAGAACAAAUGAGGACGGAGGAGCAGUCGCUUCUGGAGAAGGGCCGUCGGUGGAUGGGGGGGCGGUUAGCAAGCCGGGCGGUGAUGGCACUGCUGACGUGGCAGCUGGCUCGACAAAGGGGGCGGAUCCGAACGAAGCCCCCGAGAAAGAAAGUGCUUCAAAGGGGCCUAUUGCUGUCGCAACGAACGGGGGUUUGGGUCAAGCGACGGCCAAAGCAGGCUUGCAAACCCACGGGCACGUGAUUACAUCUGCCGCUCUCCCCUCGACCGGCCAGCUGCUCCUAACCCCCCUGCCCAAGCCGCCGGCUGCCGACGGCGCCCUUUCCAAACCAGCUCUUUCGACCCCAACGACAUUCUCCUUCCUCAAACCCUCCCCAAUCCCCGCAGUCACGCUCAAACCCCAAACCCCCGCAAACCCUGCUCGAACCCUCCCAAACCCGUCCCAAACCCUGCCCAAACCCCAAACGCAACCCAAACCCCGAGAAGACGACUCUGACGACGCAAACCUGGACGAGUGCGUGCUCUGCGGGAUGGAAGGGAAUCUUUUGUGCUGCGACGGCUGCCCUGCGGCGUACCACGCCCGGUGUAUCGGGCUGGGGAAAGCGCAGCUCGCGGAGGGCGAGUGGUUUUGCCCCGAGUGCCGGGUGACAGGUGUCAACCGCAGGGAGCCUGCGCUGCUCGGGGUGCGCGUUGAGCCCCUCGGGACGGACCCCCAGGGGCGGGCGUACUGGUUCGCGUUCGGAAGCGUGCUGAUUUUGGACGUCACUCCCGACGGCCCCGCCGUCAUCCCCCACCACUACGGCUCGGCCGACCUGCACCUAAUCGCAUCUUUUCUAAGCGAGGGAGGGCGCGCAUAUUCUCGGUUACACAGCGCCCUGCUCGCGCGCGUCCAAGAAGCGGGCCUCGAGGCCCUGCUGGAGCCCCCACCGCCGCCCCAGGCAGAGACGGCGCCCCUUGCGGGGGUUGCGGCGAAGGCUGACAAGGCCUCGCCGCUGCCGGAAGCGAUUCCUGCAACGAAGAAAGACAGCGGGGAUGCGAAGAUGGUCGAGCAAGGGGCGGCUGCGCGGGCAGAAACGACUCCCGUAACUUCGUCAGGGAUCGAAGAUACAGCUGACGUUGCCAUGACGUCAGCAGAGGCGCAGGCUGGGGUGGGGACCGGGCCAGAGGCCAAGCCGGUCCCGAAACCCGCUCAGAAUCCGUCGAUUAUUGCUGCAAGCCCGAGCCCGCAGUCACUCGCUGCUCCCGUUCUUGGAAACCUUCCAGCAAACCCUCUUGCAAACCCCUCCGUAAACCCUCCUGCGGACCCUCCUGUGAAGGCAAUUGCAGCCCCUGGCGUGAGCCCUCCUAGGGACCCUGCCACAAACCCUGCGGUAAAGCCUCCGCCGAACCCUUCCGCAAACCCUCCGGCAAACCCUUCCGCAAACCCUCCGGCAAACCCUCCUGCAAACCUUCAGGCAAACUCUUUUGCGAACCCUCCUGCAAAACCUCCGCCGAACCCUCCUGCCAACCCGUUCACAGAGCCGGUACUCGAACCUGGUCCCAGCAGCCAGUCGAAUUCCCUCUCCAAGCCGAUUGCUGGUGCAAACGGCACAGACGUGGCACUAUUUCCCGCGGAAACGCAAGAAGGCGGUGCAUCGGAGGGACUGUCUGUAAAGGCGUCCAAUAGUGCUGUCGACGAAAGGGGCGUCGGGAAGCCGGGUCCAGCGGAAGGGAGUGGUGCUGUACCCAUCGCUGCGGCUUCAGAGGCGGGGCAAGGAGCGGGAAAUGGGCGGAAAAAGGCCCCGGAUCCGGUGCCUGGUGGAGUUCUGGACGUACGAACCCCGUCCGAGAAUGAGAGUGGACCGAAAAGCAGUCCGGCGGCUCUGGGGUCACCGAGCGUAAGUGACGGUCUGCAGGGGCGAGAGGACGGCAAAGCUGAAGCAGGGGGGAGCCAUGGGGAGCAAGCGGCCAAAGAGCGCCCUGAUAUAGCGAUUGGCUCUGAAGAGAAGGCCGAGAACGGUUAUGGCGUACUUUCGGCAUCAGCAAAUGCAGUUUCGGUAACGUCCCCGGUGAUUGGAGCGGGAGGGGGGGCAAUAGAAGGAGAGCCGGCAGCCAAAGGGUCCGCGGCGCGGAUUGAGGCUUUCAAGGAGGGUGAAGGGCCGAGUGGCGUUGUCCAGAGGGGAGGGUCUGAGGGUGUGGCCAGAACGUCGGAGGCAGCGGAGAGCGACGUGGCAGCCGGGAAGGGAGAGGAUACUCCGGUGAAAAGCGCCAAAGGGCCCGGGGCAGCGGAAUCCGCAGCCGGGGGAACAGAAUGGCCUGCUUGGCGGUUCCCCCGGGGGGGGGGCAGGGCAGCUUCUAACCAGGUUGCGGCUGAAGGGUUAGGGCUGGCGGGUUCCGGAGAGGGGCCUGCGGUUCCUAACCAGUUCGCAACAAGGGGUUCGGAAAGGUUGGAAGUGGCAAAAAACGGAGGUGGGUCUGCGGUAACCCAAUUGGCAGCAGGGGAUUUGGCGGGCUUAGGGCUGGCCGGGUUAGGGCUGACAGGCCCUGGAAACGGCUCUGUGGGUCCCAGAGGUUUGGAGGGGUUUGCACCGGCGGGGGCAUUGGAGACUGAGCCGUUAACGUGUGAUGAGCCCCCCCUGUUCGAGUUCGAUAACAUCGAAGAUCUGGUCGAGAAGCUGGCUCGGGAACAAGGAUACCUGGUGGAUACAGGGCCCGCGGAUUUGCCCCCCGCUGUGGCUGGCGCGGGAGGCCCUGUACGGACGGACGCCGCAAACGGGCCGGCUAGGCAGGAGGCAUCGGAUCGGGCGCCUCAACAGAUCGGAAUCGAGUCGAUAGCGCCGACUGGAGGCCUUGUUGGGGUCAGCAAUGGGGCGCCGGCCUUUGCUCCGCUGUCCGCGGGUGGAGUGGCAAGGCCGGAGCAAGGCCCUAGCAAGCGGCAGAAGCUCGACGAUCCUCUUCCGGUCGGGGCCGGUGUGCCCGGGCUGCAAAAGCCUCCCUCGCUACCUGCCACCACGCUUGCCCCUCCACAUUCCCAACCCUUUAUCCCCCAAAACAACACCCUCCGACCAGCAUUGCAGUCUCAGCAACACCAAAUCCCCCCGCAAAACCCUAUGUCGGCACCCGCUCCGGCUCAGGGGGUUCCUUUCGCUAGCCCCAACCACCCCCCGGCGCCGCAAACUCUCUCCGUCCGGUCCCCCGUUCCGGGCCAACAACUAGGAGCGGGCAACAACUCUAUUUCCAGCCAGCCCGUGCUGACGUCAGCAGGGCACGCCCCUGCCCCGAGGCCCCCGCCUCCAAAGCUCAGGUGGCCAUUCGAUGACGUCAGUCACCCCCCAGCCAGGCCGACGCCCCCUCCCGGCACGCCACAGACUCCCGCCAUAGCAAAAGGCCCUGUCAGCACCCCAGCUCAACGACCUCCGACUGGAACGCCCCCGUCGGGAACGUCAACGGCGGUCCAAACGGGGCCCGUCUCCAAAGGCCUUGUUUUGACGAAGGGGAGGCAGGCUCAGCUUGCAAAGGCGGGUACGAGCGGCUCGGUGGCGGCGACUACGGGGCCUUCUAGUGCAUCGAUAAUCAUCAAAAGGCCGCUGAAGCCGUUUGAGAGGUACGAGAAUCGGUAUGCGGACGGGGCGGUUGCAGCAGAGGCGGCGGCGAGACUGACGGCGGGGGAGAAGGAGUCCGCUUCCCAGGCUUCGACCAAGAAGAAGGGCGCCAAGGCUGCGGCAGAACAGAGCAAAGUGUUCCGGGAGGUGCUGAAGCGCUUUCACUGGCGCGGCCGCCCCUUCGGCCAGGAUCGUUGCGGGUGGUGCCAUAACUGCCUCACUACAGCGCAGCGCAAGGGCUGCCUCAUGACGCUGACGGGGGAGAAGGUUGCGCGCGGGGCGCCGCUCCUGCAAGGCCCAGCCCGGCCGGGCGUUUCCCCGCACCUCGCCCGCGUCAUCAACUACGUCCUCCACAUGGAGCGGACGGUCCGCGGCCUUCUGGGCGGGCCCUGGGACGGCCUCCGCUUUUCGGACAAGUGGCGGGCGUCCGUGGAAGGUUCACGGACUGUACGAGAUCUGAAGCAACCGCUCAUGGAGUUGGAGCGCUCCCUCCGCCCGAUUGCCCGCACCACUGAUUGGCGACACGAGCUGGAGCUCGGCCCCCAACCGGUCGCCCACCACUCCGCCCAAAACCUCAAAACCCUACCCUCUUCGGACGCGUCAUCCGCCGUCCAAAACCUGUCCAAAUCUUCCAAACCACGCCGCAAGGGCCAGAGCGCAACCCGCAUCGAUUCGGGGGGGUUCCGGAGAGAGGGCGUUCAGUGGUACCGGGGGGGGUGGCUGGUGAAAAGGGUGGCGGACUGGGAGAGACUGCCCCGGGGGGUACUCCGCAGGGCUGCAAAGAGGGGGGGUUUUGUGAAAAUGGAGGGGCUGACGUAUGCGGAAGAGGAGGCGCUGCCGCAGCGGACGGUGGCGGCAGCGUGGAGAACUAGAGUGGGGGAUGCGAGGACUUUGGCCGACCUGGCGCUGCAGGUUCGAGAGCUCGACGAGACGAUCAAAUGGGCCGACCUCAAACGGCCCGUCCAAGGCCCCGGCUCCAGCGCGAUUCCGGACGCUGGCACCGUCCUAGCCGUCACGGACAAGCGUACGGACGGCUGCGGGGCGGUUGAGUACCUGGUGCGAAUAGCCACCGGGGUGGACCGGUCUGUCAGCGAGCCGACUGCCCAGGGGCCGAUUCACACCGACGGCAAGAAGGGGAAGAAGCGGGCGGUGGAUUUCACGGCCAGCUGGCGGGCGGAGGCGGCGGUGCCGCUGUUUGCGGUCGAGCAGUAUGAGGAGAAGGCGAGGCGGGACAAGGAACGUGCUGCGAUGGCUCCUCCUCCAAAACCCCGCCCCACUCCCCCACUCAGCGCCCCCCCUCUUCGCCCCACUGGUCCCCGACACGGUUAUCCUAACCAGUUUUACAACCCGGUCGCCCCCCGGCCGAGUCCCCCGGUCACAACCUGGGUGCCCGCUCAACACGUGUACGUGCAAAGCCCACUGUUUGGUAACCCUAACCCCUGGCAGGGUGCCCCUAAUCCCGCAACGUACCAAACCCCAGGGGCGUACCAGUGGGUGGCCCAGGACGGGAAAAGGCCAAAGCAGGCGGUCAAGAGGAAGGGUCAGCUUAACCCGGGCCAGCAACCGAGCUAUCCCCAACCGCCCACCGAUUUGAUGCCGCCCCCGCAGCACUACACUGCCCAAAAUUUAACCCCGGUAUUGAACCCCGGGCUUAACCAGGGCUUAACUCAAUGCUUAACCCCACCCUUCCAAGCAGCGCCGGCGCCUGCGGGGCCGCUCGGGCAGUACUACUACCAGGGGGUUCCCACCCCGGGUGGCUUAGGUGUUAACCCAGGUGCUUUGGGCACUAACCAGGGUGGUUUGGCCGCUAACCCGGCUCCCUUAGUCGCGGGUUCCAUGUGCAACUAUUGCACGGGGCUCAUCGGGCCUGGAAAGUUGGGGGCGCGCUGCAGCAAUUGCGGGGGGGGGUUCCACACGGACUGCAUGCGAGUGCAAGGAAACCGGGUGGUUUGCCGCCAGUGCACCGAGAGGCUGUCUCAAGGGGAGAAGAAGAAGAAUUGGAAAGUGGGGGCGGAGCCGAAAUCAAAGAAGCCGGGGGGGGGCGUAAGUCUUGCCACUCCUAUGGCGCCACCGCAAGUGGGGGCUGAUGGGGAGAUUGGGUCGCCGCCAUUUCCAGCAAACGGAGUCGUUGUGGGGGGUAGCCAGACAAUAAAUGUUCCUUUCGGUGGGGUGGCAGGCCUGCCCGUGCCAGGAUUGCCAGGAACGGAAAAGGGUAAGAAGCCCAAGAAGGGGUCUGAAAAGGGGGGUGCCGAAAAAGGGGUCGUCCUCAAGCAGGGGGGGCCGGGGCGGCAGCUGCGCCUGGUUUGGACGCCGGACCAGUGGGCUCCGGACGGGGCGUUCGUGACCCCCCUGAAACGGGCGGAACUGGACUGGGCGCGCGCCCAAGAGUCGGCGUCCGAGUCGGACAAGAAGCGCGAGAAAGAGAACGCGGACCGGCUCGAGGACAAGCGCUUUUCACGGGAGGCCGUCGAGCGGUUCAAGAAGCUGCGGGAGGAGCGCUACAAGAAGCGGUACGGCGAGGGGGGGUCCGGCGACGCCCCGGAAGCACCCCCUCAAACCGGGGAAGUCGGGGAAGUGCCCAGAACGCCGGCUGCAGCGACGCCCAUGAAGCGGCUCAAGCCGCCCGUGAGGAAAACGCCGGAAUUGGAGCAAAUGGCGGCGGAAUCCGCGGUGCCCAUCUGCCGGAUCUGCUUCGAGAACUACAACGCGCAGCUGUGGUACAUUGCGUGCGACAAGUGCGAGAGGUGGUACCACGGGGAGGCGUUCGGGCUCGUUCUCGAGGACGCGGCGAAGCUUGCCAGCUGGCGCUGCGGCAAGUGCCUCAAAAAACGGACCCCCGACGGGUGCCCGUACUUCGACCCGGUGGAUGCGCUGGCGGAGCCGGUGUGGAUCCGGCCGAAGGAGCGGACCGAGCGGAACGAGCGGAAAGAGGUGAAGAUCGCAUACAUGCGCGACGUCGAGGGGACGGCGCAGUGGCACAUGAAGCGGGAACGAGAGAUGCGGCAGGGGCGCCCGGCAAGCGCACAAGAGGGCCUUGUUGGGAGCGUUGCGGCUUCCCAAGCCGGGGAGGCUAAGCUGGGCGAGAGUCAAGGGAUCGCUGAACAGGGCCUCACAGUCUCUGGGGGAAGUGAACCGGUUGCAGAACAGGGUUUGAUGGGGCUUGAGGGGGCGGUCGGUGGGACGAUUCCGGGGCCUGCCUGGCUCGACUCGAGCAUGGACUUAGACCUGGAAGGGCUGUCUUUCACAGACAUGCUGUCGGUUGAACACCCGCCACCGAAAGCCGCAGCAACGGUACUGGCGACCGUUACCAAGCCCGUUCUGGGCACCGCAGCUGCACAUACAGAGGGCCCGGUGGGGGGCGUGGAAGGUCUCACUCUACAAGGGUCGAAGGGGGCUGACGUGGCGCCGAAUGAUGGGUCAAGAGUUGAGGUGGCGAGCGGAACUGAAAACGCGGGGAGCGUUCCGUCCAGGAUGCAACCGUUCGGGCACGUCAUGGCGGCCAAAGUGGAGCGGAUCGCCGCCCAGAAGCGGAGAGCGGAAGCGAAAGCGGAAAAGAAGAGGAAAAAGGAGGGGGGAGAAGAUGGGGGCAAAUCAGGGGAGGAGACAGGUCGGUUGGAUAUGGAUGCGAAAGGGGGGGCAAAGAAGGGCGGGAAGAAGGUGGAUGAAAAGACAUCGAUCCGUCCAGGGCAGCAGGAGGGGGCGGAAGACGUUCCGUUGGUGCUGCUUUUGGGAAGCGGGGGAUCUGGAGAGAAGAAGAAGAAGAAACGGAAGAAGGGGGAUGCGGAAAAGGACGGGCCGUCAGCGGAGAGAGAAGGGGAGCGGAAGAAGAAGAAACGGAAGAAAGAGCGAAAUGGUGAUGAAGGCGCUUCAGGGGGCGCUGGUGUUGCGCAAAACCCGGAAGGGAUCCCGACUGCCACCGCACAGGACUCCGGGAACUCGGGUGCUCCUAUUCUGAUCAAGUUGCACACGGCCCGGGGGGGUGGGCAGAAGCCGGGAGGGGAGGGUGGGGCUGAGCAGGGUGACCUUACAAAGAAGGUGCGUUUCGGCAGCCACGAAGAGAUUGCACCGGCAUCAGUAAAGAAAACAAAGAGCGGGGGUAGCGCAGGAGUGGCGAAAGCCGAGUCAGAUGCGAAGGCUCAUUCAGGAGAUUCCCAGAUGUCGAUUGAGAAGAGUAAGAAGAGAAAGCGGGUCUCGAACGACGCUCCUGCGGUACCCCCCGGAGCGAAGAGGCGGCGGACCGAGGGGGCUCGGAAGGCAAAAAGCGUGUUCGUGCUCCCUGCAUUUCUGGCGGGAAGCAAAACGGAGAAAGUUUCGCUGUCGGGGGGGCAAGCCGGACUGACCGGGGGACAAAGCGGCGAGAGAGAAGGGCGCGAAACGAAGGCUGGGGGAAAGGCGAAAGGGCGCCGGAAAGCGGCUUCGCAACCGGAGGUAACGGAAGCUCCUGCUAGGGAGGAUGUUGGUGCGGAGGGGGUCCCUAAGAAGGGCGAUGCGGUGGGGGGAUCGUCUGCACAGCAGGACGACGGGGGGGGGACGGCAAAGGAGGGCACUCUGCCGACCUACAAACGGCUGAAGAUCAAGAAGCGAGCGGAAGGGGGGGAUAGCGAGGCAGGUGCGAAUAAGAUCGAGGAUUUGGGGGAAGGGUCCGGGGGUCUGAUGGAGGGGGGCCGUGCGGAAGACGGAGCUCGGGAGGGGCGAGAUGCAGAAGGGGUCGAAGCAAGGAGAGGGUUUGUGGAGGCGGGGCGUGCAGAGAAAGCAGAAAAGGCGGGUCCCAAUGGGGUUGGAGGGGUUCGCUCUUCAGUGAAGGAGCAGAAGGGUUCGGUGUUGGAGGAAAGCAAGACGGUUCGGGAAGCGCGGAAGCCCUCUGAGGGGGCCGAGACGUCGGGAGAUCGUCCCCGGGGGGAGCCCAGUGAGGUCUCCGAAGGACAGGGGAAAGGUGGGGAGAAACUGGGUGAGGGGCGAAAAGCAGCGCAGCCGACUGUGAAGAAGAUACGUGUCAGGAUCGGUCGGGGGGGGGGCAAUUUGCGGUCGGGCCAGUCCGAAAAGGUCGAGAAGCAACCCCCUCAGAGGGAAGCAAACAUCCUGCAGGGUGAUCCCGAAAUGGGAAAGACAGACGCGCUGACUGUUGGGGGUGAGGAGGAGGAGGGGCGGAGAGGAGGCGUCGAAAUGGGGGGAGGCUCGCCAGCCGGGUUUGCGAAGAACGCCAAGGACUUUGCCCCCCCGCCGCGGAAAACCCGCCGGCAGCUGAGGGAUGAGGCUGGGAGCCUGACCAAACCCUCAGAAGGUGGGGGCGCGCUUGACACAGACAAGGGCCAGGCCGUUCUGAAGGAGAGUGUCAAGGGAAAAGGGCGAGCAGGCAAGGCGGAAAAAGGGAAGGGAAAAGAGCCGGAGGCAACGCCGCAGGGGGGGGGGAAUCCAGGCGCAGCGGAGGAGGGGGGCGCUCCGGCGUGCUCGGUGUGCGGCCUGACGACGGGUGACGUGGCCACGUGCAGAGGGUGCCACGUGGCAGUUCAUCUGGUGUGCUACGAGUACGACCAGCGGGUGCUUGCGAGGAAGGGAACGAAGGGCUGGAAGUGUACCGCGUGUCGAGCGGGAAUUCCGGCAGGGCAAGGUGCCUGCCAUCUGUGUUCCCAGCGCGGGGGCCCGCUCGUUCCGACGGCGGAGGGCACGUGGGCCCACAUGACGUGCGCGCUGUGGCACCCGCAGACGUACAUCGACGACCAGGGGCGCGUUCUGGACGUCGCCAAGAUCCCCAAGGAUCGGUGGAAGCUGACGUGCUCCGUGUGCGAGACCCACGAAGGCGCGUGCAUUCGGUGCAGCGCCCCGGGUUGCCACACGCCCCUGCACCCUUACUGCUGCCGUAAGGAAGGACUGCCGAUUUUCAUCAUGCCCGGCCCGAAGUACCCCAUCCACGUGGCUUAUUGUCGUCAGCACGCGAACCAAGUGACGUAAGGAAUGGUCAGGCUAUCGGUACAGGAUGUUUACAUGUAUGGUUGUGAGCUUGACCAGAGAUAAACAUACUCCACAGAGGAACGACCAGUCGAACCUGCAGGGCGUGUGGGUUGGACUUAUGGAAGGUACGCAGGUGCGGCGCUGCAAUCGUAGUGCACAGGUGGUAGAACAGACAUGAUAAGUGACUUGGUUCUCAUGUUAUGGCCUUUAUUCGUCACGCAUCUGCUCAGCUAAG